UUAAAAUCAUGACUUAAUUCGAUCGUCAUAGUUGCAGAGCGAGUGUUGGCAAAUGAUGGAGGCAAAAGGGAUUGCAGAGGAAGUGGAAUUGGCGAAGAAGAGAUGCAGGGCCGUGAUUGGUAGAAUAGAGGGAUUGCCCGCUGCGUCCACCACCCUCACCGGCUCAUGCAAGCGCACUCUCCUCAAACUCGCUCACUCGGAGCUCGCUUUCCUCUCCCGCUGCUCUACCACACCCCUAAGUGUCAAUAUUGGGCACCUCGAGGCAGUUGUUCACAUUCUACAGCAGCCUUUUGUAACAGGAGUUUCGCGAGUUUGCAAGCCAAUUCCUCUAUCACCUACAGAUUUGAAUGGGCGGAGAACCAAUUCUUGUUCAAAAGGUGUCCAUGUUGAUGUAGUUUGUACUCUCAAUGGGAAACCUGUGUGGAUUAUUGUCUCCGAUAGGAACCCAAGGUACAUUUCUUGGGAUAUAUGCCAAAAGACUAAGGGCUUGAAAUUGCGAGUUGAAGAAGUCCUUGCUGCAGCCCAGUCUAUGAUAUCAUUGAAACCUUCGUCAAUCAUUCUUUUCUUCUCGAAUGGACUUGGAAACUUUGUUAAAGAGAAACUCAGAGAAGAAUUUGGGGCGUCUGAGAUUGCAUUGCAGUUUUCUGUUUUUGAUUUUGACUUCUCCGAGGAUUUGGAAGGUGAGUGGAUAAAUGUGCUUGGUAGAUUGUAUCGAGAGGCAUGUGUGCUUGAAAUAAAGGUUGACGAUAUUGGUGAUGCUGUUUCAAGUUCUGGAUGUGAUCUCAAAGGCUCAAGUGUUGCUGCAGUCAUGCCUAGGAUUUUUGAAGAGCGAUUGGAGGGGAAUGUGGGUGAUUCUUUGUGUUCACUCAUUUUGGGGAUGAAACUCUGCCCUUUAGAUUUUAAAAAUGUGGGAUCUUCUGAUAUAGGGGUGUUGUUAGGUGAAGGUGAUCUUAUAAAUUUUGAUACAACGGCUUUGAUUGCACUUGUAUCAGGGAUUAGUAAUGGUGGUACUGAGAAACUUUUGGCUACUCCAGAGAGUGAAUUAAGGCAGCGUUUUAAGGGCAACUUUGAGUUUGUCAUUGGACAGGUGAUGUCUGAAAUCCAGAAUCCAAUUCAUGUGGAACUGGGCAGUGUAAUAGCUGGAAGGAGAGGCAUAAUAUGUGAAAGUGUUCAUUCGGAGUUCAAGGGGUUAGUAUUAAUGUGUGGAGGGCCUAAUGAGAAGUUCAGAGCCAAUCAAUUACUGAAGUGCCUGAUGGUUGUGCCUGAUAGUCCCUCGCAACGAGUGAUGGGCCUCCCAACUACCAGAAAGCUGGCAUUGAAGAACAAGGUUGUUUUUGGUACUGGUGAUUACUGGCAUGCUCCAACUCUGACAGCGAAUAUGUCAUUUGCUAGAGCAAUUUCACAGGCUGGAAUGUCCCUGUUUACGAUCGAGCAUAGACCACGGGCAUUAACUGGUGAUUAAUCAUACAUGGGUUUGGGACCAAGUGUUGAGACAUGCUCCCAUAAAUAUCCUUUGCAGGUAACAGGAUCUCAUUGUCAAUUGGACACCGUUGAGUACAUUCAUUAAUAGCCAGUUGACAAACUCAUGAUCCAUGCUAACAGUUAGCUACUUCAAUUAAUCAAAGGUGUGAGAACAUUUUGGAUGAAGAACUUGUUAAUACUACAAAAAUAGAUGUGAUUCCGGAGGACCAAGUGAUGGUCAUAGUGUUAUAUAAAUUUGAAUGAAUCAAUCUCUUUUAUCAUCCAAAUUAUCUCUCUCCAUGUCUAAUAAAUAGAAACAUCUUCUGGGAUCUUUGAAUUCUUUUUUAUUACACAAUAGAGCUUAGCUAGGAGCAAUUCUUCUUGGAGUUGUAUUGUACGCACUAAUGCUUGUAGUUUUGUAGCACUCACUGCACCAAUUCAAACUGUAAGGGUGUGGCUUCAAUCCUAUCAAGUAAGCAAGCUAUAGUAUUUUUGCUCUUUCCUAGUUUCAGGAGAAAGACAUAUCUUUCUUGGCUGACUUACCACCUUAUAUAUUUGGUCCUUCUUUUGUUGUAAGCAUAAGGCACAACAGUCCAUAAGCUACCACAUAGAAAAGAAACAUAAUAGUAGCAUGAGAGAGUGAGCCUAGCCGCAUGAAGACAGCUUUUGUACAUGGAGAGUUGUAAUCUUUUUCUUUUAUCAUGUUCUAUUUUGUGUGUUAACGGCUUGAGAAUUGUGUAAAAGAAAAAUUA